AUGUUUAACCUCCUCUUCCCUGAACAACGACGAUCUGUUUCAUCUGUUUCAUCCACCCGGGUGUCUCUGGAAUACAAUCCAGGCUGGAACAGCUCAGCGGUGAGUCUUCUGCAUAUCCAGGCGGUAGGCUUGAAUGACAGCAUCCACUAUGUCUGGAGCACCCUCGGGACACCCACCGUGCUGCUGGUUUACUCCGGGAGCGCGCACAGCGCCCUUCGUCUCAACUGGACCAAGCUCCUCUCCCCUUCUCCCUCCGGAGCCAUCUGGGUGGAACCCGUGGAUAGUGUCCUCUAUUCCGCAGCCUUCGUCUUUACCAGGGUCUUUGAAUACAGCGGUGCCAAGACGUCAGAUCUCUCCAAGGUUCCACCGGAAGAUUUUUAUCCCACCUACGAUUUGUCUAACUUCACGUGGGACGGCAAACUAAACCGGACGGCUCUGACGGCUACGUUUCGAGGCGUCAGCGCGGACCCUGGAGGAACAUUGCGGAAUGGAAGCGUCUCCUUCCAGGUGACGGCGUUUGAAGAGACCAGCCGCGAUGCCUCCCUUCCACAUUUCCUACACACGGCCAACAGUUCCAAAGUGGAAUUUGUCAUGCGAGGGGUGGCUAAUCGGGGUAACCAUUCUCGCUUUGCCCUGGAGAUGCUCAUGGUGGAAGAGGGAGCCAAGGGCAAGCAGCUGCAAUCCAUCCGCUCCAUCGACGAUGAAUAUACUCCAACAAUAUUUGAGAUGGUCCAAUUGGUUUCAGGGCCCCACAACGACAGCUUUGGCUCAAGUUUCAUCCAGUGGAAGACGGUGGCAUACAGCUCCCAGCAUGCCCUGCGCGAAGACACAGUCCACUGCCAGUACUACCCGCUGCAGGCGGUCAAUGGCACCGUUUCUGGGCCGAGUAUUGUCCACGCCUACUUCACGAAGGAACUUGAGACCCAGUACAGUGUGUCUGCCAUCAAUGUUUCCUUCGGCAGUGAGGACAACGAGUCUUAUCAAGAAAAGGGCUACUUGAGCUGGUCUGCUUUGAUUGGCUUCGGCGAACCCCCCGAGGAUGCCUUCUCCCCCCUCGUGAUCGCCAUCCUGGCCGUGGCGCUGGGCACCCCAGCGGUGCUUCUGGUGGUGGGGAGCAUCACUGUCUGUGUUGCGCAGAAGAGGCAGUACUCCGAGUACGAACCCAUCAACUGAGGAUCGUUAAAACGGCAGGCUGGCGUAACCAAAACUGGCCACGGACGUGGAGGAUCCGUGGCUUAUAUACCUCUUGCACUCCUCUCCGCGAUGUGCUGCUUAAUUUAUCUCGGGACUGAGAUCCUAAAGAUGGGUUUCGUCCUCUUAAUAUUUUCAGGUAUUGCAUCAGAGAUUCCAUGAUGCUUCUUCCAGUGGUCAACCCGUGAGGAGGAGGAGGACCCGUGUUUAUUCACAGUGGCAGUUUUUAGCCACGCUUUCCCUCUUCCUUGCUCAUAAGCAGUACUUGAAACCAUCACCAACGGACACCUUCCCGUAUUUUUACUGUUUACUUUGCUCUCAAACCCUGUGAGAAAUUUUGAGAAAGCAAUUUUGUGGGGACUUAAGCUUCUCCUUUUGAACUCCUACCUGCAAAAAAAUACAAUUUUUAAGCUAUGACGUGCUGCAUAGCUCUGAUCUCUGCUAGACGGUGAACAUAGGUGCUUAAGGAGAGGGAGAGGUGGCUUCUUAUUCGUACAUUCACUUCUCCUUUCUCAAAGAGGCAGAUUUUUUGAAUUGAAUGUUCCCCUCCCGUUCUUGACAAAACUCACAGAUAUUCUUGCUGCGUCUUCAUUCAGGUCUGUCUUUCUUUAAGUGGUAUUCAUGGAAAAAUGAGUUUAUUGCUUCUCGACCAUGGUUUUGACUCCAUCAAGGGCUCCUGUCUCUUCAGAGAAGUCAAACUUCUCCUUGAUGUGGCUCUUUGAGAAGGGUGGAAGGCUCUAGCGGCUGCUUGUCGAGACGCUUUAUGCUUUCAGUUCCUUCCUAUCAAGUGACAGUCAAAGGCAGAGGAGUGCAAAAUGAAAAAUAAGUGAGGAAUAUAUAUAUAUUAAGGGUAAAACCACUAGCUGUGUUGCUUAGAGGCUGCUGCUCAUGGAACAGUACAAAUUGCACUAAAGUCCUUCUAAAACACACCUUUUCCUAAAUUCUUCCCUUGAAUACUUGCCAUUUUAGUAAAUUAAUAGGUUAUAUAUUAAAUCUUCCACUAUUCCAGAGGUUCUCCUGGUUUACAGACGUGGGAAUGGAAAAUGGGUUCGGAAGGGAUUUGGAUCUGAGUCUCGUCAGAGUUGGGCCCGGUGAAAAAUUGCAAGCCACGAAUGGCUAGCUGGGUUCUGGCCUCGGGCCCUCUUGGUCCCUGCCCUGUGUGGACGACGCGUAUCGAUGCCAAAAACAGAGUUGGCUAAAUAAGGGAGCAGGUCCAUUGGCCCAAUUUUGGCCCACGUGGGCCGGCACGGAUUCGUUCACGACCCGGACGACCAAAGGCUGCAACGACGGUCUUUGGCCUCGUUUAGAUCUUAGGGCUUAAUGUUCUUUGUCAAGCCCAGGUCAACUUCUCAGGACAGGUUUGAAGGGAUCGCUUCGGUGAAGACGGAGGUCCUCCGUGAGGUUCUCAGAAAUCCCGUAGGCUUAGGGCGACUUUUUAACCGCCGUGAUUCAGUCCUUUGGAAGUCCUGGAAUUUGUAGUGUACUUUAGUAUGAAGAAUUCCAGAAUCAUCACUCCCUAGGAUUACAGAGACAUCCGGGUCUUUCCCAGAACUACGAAUCUCAAGAUUCUAGAGGAUGGAGCUCCCGGUGCAGCGACGUGCUAUCCAACGGCUAUAACUGAGUAGCAUAGAUAGAUGCUCACAAGGGUGGAUAGGCUUUAACAGAACGGUGAAAUAGCGUUUUUGCCUUUUAGCAGGAAAUUAAUUCUGGCCACCACCGUGCUCUUUGUUCGUUCGUUUGUUCGCUUUGUUUUUCAACACACAGCAUUGUAUUGUUGCUCCAUAGGGGAUAUGUUGUGCUAAGAUGAUCUGUUGGGUAGGGGAGGAUAUCUCUCCCAUGCUUUUUUUCUCUCGAGGACCAAUUAAAUAAACCGUUCCUGCGGUGUUUGCAUUUCUGUG